AUGAAUCUUAAACGCACGCCCUACGUAUGUGCCCAAUGCACCGCGCAGAUCGGCCGCCCGCCGCUGCGUCGUCCACAUGGCCUGGUGUCGUCACGUUUCACUAUGCAACGACGUUAUAACAGCCAGACCACCGUUCAAACGGAUCGACCUUUUCGUGUUGCCAUUGUGGGAUCGGGUCCGGCAGGUUUCUAUGCGGCCUAUCGAUUGCUAGGGAAGUCGCAGGAUGCGGUGGUGGAUAUGUAUGAGAAAUUGCCCGUGCCUUUUGGGUUGGCGAGGUAUGGGGUCGCUCCAGAUCAUCCGGAAGUUAAGAACUGCGAAGAAAAGUUCACAGAAGUUGCAGCAUCUCCCCGUUUCAAUUUCAUCGGCAACGUCGAACUGGGCGAGACUCUUCCACUGCAAACGCUCAAGCCACACUACGAUGCCAUUCUAUUCGCGUACGGAGCACCAAAGGACAAGGAACUGGGAAUCCCUGGAGAAAAAGCUGUUCGGAAUGUCUACUCGGCUCGGGAAUUUGUGGGUUGGUAUAAUGGUCUCCCGGAGCAUCGUGAUCUGGCGCCUGAUCUUACUGCGGGUGAGGACGCAGUGAUUAUUGGACAGGGGAAUGUGGCUCUGGAUGUUGCCAGAAUUUUGCUGUCGGAUAUUAAUACCCUGCGCAAAACUGACAUUGCUGAGUAUGCUGUGGAGGAAUUGGUCAAGAGCAAGAUCAAGCGAGUUCGGGUGGUGGGACGUCGAGGGCCAAUGCAGGCUGCAUUUACUAUUAAAGAACUUCGGGAAUUGCUGCAACUUCCGGGCGUGUCAUUCGACCAGGUCCCUCGGGAAUUGCUACCCCCAGAAGAUGUCAUGGCAUCGCUUCCGAGAGCCCAGAAGCGGUUGAUACAAUUGCUCGCAAAGGGUUCGACUAACGACCCCGCAAGUGCAAACAAGUCAUGGUCGUUGGAUUUCCUCCUUUCGCCCGAAUGCUUGAACUGGUCCCCUGUCCAUCCUUACCGCAUGUCGCAUGUGCGGUUCGCCCGCAAUGAGCUUGAUCCCGCAGACCCUUUCAGCCCCAGCGCAAAGGUUACGCCAAAGCAUCUUUCGAGUGGCAAGCGAGCAGAGGUCGACGUUCCCGCCAACACGUUCUUCCGCAGUGUAGGGUACAAGUCGCACCCUCUGCCGGGCUUGGAAGAUCUGGGCAUCCAGUUUGAUGACAGACGGGGAGUGAUUCCCAAUGACGGAUUUGGCAGAGUAACAAGCCCGUCGAAUACUGGCGAUAACCAGCGGCUGCCUGAUGGAUCGCUCAUUUCGCAUCUGCCGGGACUUUACUGCGCUGGCUGGGUCAAACGUGGACCAACCGGAGUGAUUGCAACUACUAUGACUGAUGCAUUCAGCACCGCUGACACUGUGGCAGCAGACCUAGCCCAACAAAAUAAGCCAACCUUGCUGAAUGCAAAGGGCAGUUCCGGUCUUGGCUGGGAGGGAGUGCGUCCCGAGGCCGAGAAGCUCGGAGUACGAGCCACGAGCUGGAGUGAUUGGCAGCGCAUUGACUCUGUAGAACUGGAACGGGGGGCGCAGAAGGGCAAGAGCCGGGAUAAGAUUGGACGAGUGCAAGAGAUGCUGGAUGUUGUUUUGUAG